UGAUGCCAUUCGGCCUCACCAACGCACCCGCUACCUUCCUGAGGGCGAUGAACGACAUCUUCAGGGACUUCCUGGAGCAGUACGUUCUCGUCUAUCUCGACGAUAUCCUGGUCUAUAGUCGUACCCUUGAGGAGCACCUCAGACACCUUCGCGACGUCCUUGACCGCUUGCGUAGACAUGGCUUCUACACCAAGCUAAGCAAGUGCCGCUUUGCCCAGCACAAAGUGGAUUUCUUAGGACACUACGUGUCUGACCAGGGUCUCCACAUGGACGACGCGAAGAUCACUAUUAUUGCGGAGUGGCCCGCUCCCACAUCCGCCAAACAGCUUCGCAGCUUCCUAGGCCUGACCAGCUACUAUAGUAACUUCAUCCGGGGAUACGCUAGGUAUUCCUACAUCCUUACCUCCACCCUCCUCCGGAAGAACCCACCCUGGGUUUGGACACCCCUCCACGAGGACGCCUUCCGCGCCCUCAAGAAGGCGGUCACAUGCGCACUGGUUCUUCACCUACCCGAUUUUGACCGCCCUUUUAUCCUUACCACCGAUGCGUCAGACUUCGCUGUAGGAGCAGUGCUUUCUCAGGUCUCCCCCUCAUCUCCUGAUUCCUCUCAUCCUCGUUUCCCUCGCUUCCCACCACCUACCCCUACCACUGCUUCCCGACUGACGCCUACUCGUCCAGCUACUGACGAGCCUUCUAUUGACUAUUCUCCUACCAUUGCCGAGGACGGCACUGUCGAGUCUCGCUCAGGUGAUUGUCCGAUAACCUUCUACUCCCGUCAACUCCUGCCCGCCGAGAUAAACUACACUGCUGAUGAACGUGAGGUUCUCGCAGUCGUUUAUGAUGCUCGACACUGGCGUCACUACCUGCACGGGGCACCAUUCACGCUCCGCUUCUCCUCGUCUUACCAUCCUCAGACUGAUGGUCAGACCGAGAUCACGAACAGGACUCUCGGAGAUAUCCUCCGAAAGAUUGUUCGUGACGACCAGCAGUGGGAUCUCCAUCUUGCCCAGGCGGAGAUAGCCAACAACCACGGCGUCUCGCCAGCCACGGGGAUGUCGCCUUACUAUUGCGACCUCAGCUAUCACCUGCGUGUUCCCGCGGACUUCCUUCGACCGUCCCAGAUGCACCCCGACAGGAGUUGUCCCGCGCUGGAUGAUUGGGUUGCAUACAUGACGUCGAUUAUGAAGACCGCACAUGAGCACAUAACCGCUUCCCAGACUCGCAUGGCAGCACGUGCGAACCGAUCGAGGAUGGAUCACCCAUUCAAGGUUGGUGAUGAUGUGUUUAUCGACGCCCGCCACUUACAGCUCGAAGCGGAUACUCUUCGCAAGUUUCGGCGUCGAUUCUUUGGCCCAUGCCGCAUCCUCCAGGCCGUCGGUUCUGAUACGGCAUCUAGCCCAGUCAGCUUUCGUGUGCAGCUGCCCGACUACCUACGCCAGACUCGUGUGCAUGAUGUCUACCACGUCUCGUUACUGCGUCCUUACCGCAGACCGUCUGAGCGUUUCGCUGGACGACCAUACGAGCGCCCUCCACCCAUCAUGGUGGACGGCCACGAGGAGUUCCUCGUUUCAGACAUCAUUGGUCGCCGAGUCACCGACGACAACCCUCCCCACGUCGAGUAUCUCGUACGUUGGAAGGGUUACCCUGAUGAGGAGGCUACCUGGGAGCCCCUCGAGCACUUGGAGCACGCUCGCAUGUUGGUGCGUGCCUAUGACCGUGCUCGUCGUGCUGGGUUCACUGCUCCUCCUCAGCCUACUGACCCCCCUCCUUCUCCUCCGGCUGAGGAGACCGUUGAAGUUGAGCCUGCUCCAUCUGAGGCAGACCUUCAGUAGCAGCCGGAUGCUUCUGAGCGUC